UGAUCAUUAAAGUGACAGUAUGGAGUCCAGUGUGCUGCCUCUUAUACUCUUGCUGAUGUUUAACAGCUACUCUGAACCAACUCCAGAUAAACCUGUUCUGACUAUAAAUCCUGAAACAUCACCGAUAUUCAGAGGAGAGACUGUCACUCUCACAUGUGACAUAAAGAGAGAAACACACACUGAGUGGAGCUUCAGCUGGUUUAAAGAUGGACACAAUCACUCCUCAAACACAUCAGCUCAAGAGUUCAUUAUCAGUUAUGUGUAUGAGUCUGACAGUGGUAAUUACAGCUGUAGAGGAGAGAAAAUCAGUUACUCACAGAGAACAAACAUCAGUGAUGCUGUUACACUGACUGUAUCAGAGAUUCCUAAACCUGUUCUGACUGUAAAUCCUGAAACAUCACCGAUAUUCAGAGGAGAGACUGUCACUCUCACAUGUGACUUACAGGGGACAGAAGUGACAGACUGGACAUACAGAUUUCAGUGUGAUGGUCGUGAUGUUCAAGACUCUAAUGAGAAAGAGUUCAAGAUUACUGCAAUGAACAGCAGAAAAUGCAGGUGUUACGCUAGAAGAACAUCUAGAGGAAUCAGCACUUCCUGGAGUAAUGAAGUGUCAUUUACGGUCAUCGAUAAACCUGUUCUGACUGUAAAUCCUGAAACAUCACCGAUAUUCAGAGGAGAUACUGUCACUCUCACAUGUGACGUACAGGGGACAGAAGUGACAGACUGGACAUACAGAUGGUUUUGUGAUGGUGUUUAUUUUCAAAACUUUUAUGAGAAAGAGUUCAAGAUUCCUGCAAUGUACAGCGGAUACAAUAAAUGCAAGUGUAUCGCUAGAAGAACAUCUACACAAUUCAGCACUUCCUGGAGUGAUGAAGUGUCAUUUCGUGUCAUCGAUAAACCUGUUCUGACUGUAAAUCCUGAAACAUCACCGAUAUUCAGAGGAGAGACUGUCACUCUCACAUGUGACGUACAGGGGACAGAAGUGACAGACUGGACAUACAGAUGGUAUUGUGAAGGUGUUUAUGUUCAAGGCUUUUAUGAGAAAGAGUUCAAGAUUCCUGCAAUGUACAGCGGAUACAGUAAAUGGAGGUGUUACACUAUCAGCACAUCUAGAGGAAUCUACACUGUAGAUGCUGAAGUGUCAUUUACUGUCAUCGAGAGACCAAAACCUGAAGUGCGUGUAAAUCCAGAUCAUCAUGUGUUCAGAGGAGAGACAGUCACUCUCACAUGUGACAUACAGACACAAACACACACUGAGUGGAGAUACAGCUGGAUUAAAGAUGAUUCAGUCAAUCCAGUCAGCACUGAGAGAGUGUACAGAAUCACAUCUGACAAAUCUCACAGUGGUAAAUACAGCUGUAGAGGAGAGAAAAUCAGAGACUCACAGAGAUCAGACAUCAGUGAUGCUGUUACACUGACUGUAUCAGACUCAAAUCCUGAACUCACAUCAGAUACUGCAGGAGCUGCACUGACAGGAAACACGGUGACUCUGAUCUGUCACAUGACUCAGACCGCUGGAUGGGACUUUUACUGGUACAAACACACACAGAACUCUGAGAAAAACAAGACAGAAACAAACUCCUACAGAGUCCAUAUUGAUUCAGUGUCUGAUGGAGGUCAGUACUGGUGUAGAGCUGGAAGAGGAGAACCAGUUUACUACACAAACUACAGUGAUGCAUUGUGGGUCAAUGUCACAGCUCAACGUCCCUCAGUGUCUCUGAUCAUCAGUCCCAGCAGAAGUCAACACUUCUCAUCUCACUCUCUCUCUCUGAACUGUGAGGAUCACAAUAACUCCACUGGAUGGACAGUGAGAAGAAACACAGACAGUGAGAGAAUGAAAGAUUGUUCAUCUACAGGAUCUACAUGUGAAAUCAGCUCCCUUAAAACAUCUGACACUGGAGUGUACUGGUGUGAGUCUCAAUCUGGAGAACACAGUCCUCAUAUUAACAUCACAGUACAUGAUGGUGAUGUGAUUCUGGAGAGUUCUGUUCAUCCUGUGAUUGAGGGAGAUACUCUGACUCUACACUGUUUACAUCGAUCUACAAACUCCUCGAUCCUCACAGCUGAUUUCUAUAAAGAUGGAUCACUCCUCCAGAAUCAGACGACAGGAGAGAUGAGCAUCCCUACUGUCUCAAAGUCACAUGAGGGUUUCUACUCCUGUAAACACGGAGAGAGAGGACAGUCACCCGAGAGCUGGAUCUCAGUCAGAGACCGUACAUCUACUCAUCUGGUGAUUUGGGUGGUUGUGGGUCUGAGUGUCGCCGUGUUACUCCUCAUCUCACUGAUCCUGCUGUGGAGAUACAAACACAACAAAGAUCAGCAGUGUAUCAACCAACAGACAUCAGUUCAAAAUCAGAGGACACGACCUGGAGAAUCCCCGACAGAAAACUGUCCUCUACAGUCUGCAGGUUGUGAUCACAUUUAUGAUGAUGUGGAUACAAACUAUAAGAAGAGCACAGCAGAUGAGGUCACAUAUUCAGAGGUCACUAUUAAAAACAAGAUAUCUGUGGAUAAAGAUGAUUUGCCCGUGGCAAAUAAUGCGACAUAUUCAGAAGUCAGAAGAAAAGUAAAGAAAUUCAGAAGCAAAGACGUUGAGACUGCAGGACCCGCCGAUUUGACUUACGCCCAGAUCAACAUUCACAACACAAAGGAAGCCAAGGGCAAAGAUGCUGGAAAAAGCUUCAGAGAUGUUUUAAUUGAAAUGAAAACUAAGGACAAUCAAAGAGGGAAAAGCAGUGAGUGUGAAGACACUGUUUACUCUGAUCUGAAGCAGAACACAGACAGAGGUGGCAGUGCUGGAGUCGAUGCAACUUAUGCUCAAGUUUUUAAUCACCGAAAGAAAAAACCCGCAAGAAUUGAUCAAGUUUACAUGUAGAAGAAACGCUGAAAUCAAUCAAUGAUCAUUAAUUAAAAAAGACACCUGACAAGACAAAACUGGAUUUCCAUGAGAUUUUGAGAUGUUUUUUAUCCAGUCUUGACGUCAACAUGUAAUGAGAGAAUGCCGUUAAAUGCCUUUACAUGCAAAAGUUCGGAUCAUGUUUCUUGUAUUUUGUGUCGGGAAGUUUGUACACAAACCUUCUGCUUUUAUAAUGCGCUUAUUUUAAAUGUGUGUUUAAUAGUGCAACAUUUAUUGUAGUUGGGACACUUUCUUGUUUAAGUUCAGAAUUUGCUCUUUCAUGUAAAUUGUAAAAUAACUCUUACAUUAUAAACCUGCGUAUGUGUGUUUCUAUGUUUCUAUAAUGUCAGUGUAACUAUAUUCACCUUUAAAUUAAUUAUAUUUUCUGUCUGUUCUGCAGCGCCUCAAAGUUACAAGAAUCACUUUAACUUUAAUAUCAGUAAUAUUUUCAUCAGAUAAACACAGUCUUCAUGUCUGUACUGAAGAUGUGCCCGUAUUUAUGAGGAUUUUGCCAAGAGAAUAAGACUUUUAUUUAAGGUUUAUUUUUCAUGUUUUUGGAUGAGUUCAUUGAUUGUUUGAACAAUUUCUCAGAUUUUCUGUCAUUUUUAUGUAAAAUACAAAUAAAA